CGUGACCUUUGUCCUUUGGCUUCUUGUAAGCUCACACAAGCAUGAUGGCGACCAACUGGAGGCUUGUAGCCAGGCUUAUGGGAAAGAGAUGGAGUCCAACUGUCUGCAGAUCGUCUCAAGUGAUGCUGGAACCCAGAGACCCAGUCCUGCGGACUAGUGUAGGUGUACCCAGUGGAAGCUGUUGUUGGACAACCCAGUCCCGAGCAGCUAGUACCAACACAAUGGAUGCCCCAGAGCUCCCCCCAAGAGGACUGACCAGGUUCUGGAAGUGGUUCAAUGACGAAAUAGAGGAAGAGCCAAUGAGCGAGGUGGAGGCCACAGAAAGACAGGCCCUACUGCAGAAGGUGCAGGAUAUGUACUUUGCAAAGCCCCCUGCGAGUCCCGGCUUAGAAUUUUACAAGGAAACGUUCUCAACAUUGAUGAAGUAUAAUGAUGGGCUGGGAGUGGCAACUUUGUGGAACAGUAUGAGUGAAAUGCAAGUUGAACCAGACGAUGAAUUAAGAGCUAAAAUUGUUCCAUUUUUGGAAGAGGCACGGAGGAGGUCUUGGUUUGAGUAGGCACCAAAUAUAAUUAUACACAACUGCACCUUAUUUAUGCCCUAGAACUUGUAGUGCUAUAUAAUAAUUAUAUAAUUUAUAUAAGACUGUUACAGUUAGCACUCACUUCUAUCUGUAGCAUUUAUUUGGCAACCUGUAUUGUCCAUUCUAAUUAUUAUUUUUGUGUAAGAAAAUUAUAGCAGAUUGACUAUGAUUGUAUGUGUUAAUUAA